GCAUGUCACAAAGGCUCUGUUUCUCUGUUCAACAAUGGGAAAUCUACAGAAGACAGGACCAGAGAGAGACAGGAAAGGAACCUGAAAUUUUGCCAUUUUCGAGAUAAAAGUUAAAGCCUGAAGCGGUGGGUAAUCAUCACGGAGUUUAGAAUUUUGGAAGGAGGCGAGAAAGACUAUGAAUCCAUUAGUAAUUUAAGCACAAAAGAAUUUUGAAAAUUGGAGAGAGAGAUGGAAAUAAAGGGAAAAAGUAAAGCGAGUAGGAACAUAAAGAAGGAAGAAGAGUUGAAAAGAAGAGUUUUGGUGGGGAAAAGAGGGGGCAAUUCUACUCCUUCACAAAAAUGGAGAUAUGGGUUGGCUCAUACUGAUGGUUCUCUUGUUCAAGAUCCUACCUUUCUUUCUACCCCUCUCACUGUUAGAAAACUUGGGUCUAUUUUGUGGGAAAUUCAGCAACCCCACCUCCUAUUCAAGAUGAACAAAGCUCAAUCCAGGUUCAACUAUUCCAAAGACAAAGGUUUUCUCCUUCCUUCCCCACCAGAUCAGGCAGCUGAUGAUUCAAGCAGGCAUGUAGCUGCAUUAAGGAAGCAGCAUAAUCAAUCUAUUGCAAAAAAUGGUGAUUCUAUACUGUUUGAUUCCCUUGAAGGUUGCAGUAGCUCAAUGGAGAUUUCACCUUGUAGACAUGUGUUGCAUCCCAAGGGUAGAAGCGGAAAUACAGAUUACCACCUCAAAACAUCCACAGAGCUACUACGGGUACUAAACAGGAUUUGGAGUCUUGAAGAACAACAAGCGUCACAUAUAUCGCUGGUUAAGUCACUUAAAAAGGAACUAUGUCGCUCCAAAAUCCAAAUUAAAGAACUCCAAGAAGAGAAGAAGAAGAUCUACAAGAAAGGCCCAAAUGGAAUGGAGAAGUUACAAAAUCCAGAGGAUAGUCAAUCUUUCUUUAAUGCAAAGAUAGAACAUGAACGAGAAAGGAAGGCACGGACUAUGCUGGAAGACUUAUGUGAUGAGUUCGCCAAAGAAAUAAAAAAGUAUGAAAUAGAAGUACGGUCCUUGAAGUCCAAAUCAAGAAAAGAUCAGAUGUUUGAGGAUCCAAAUGAUAAAUUGAUUCUUCAUAUUUCAGAAGCUUGGCUAGACGAGCGUAUGCAGAUGAAGGCCAUCGAGGGUUCUGAUAAUUCAGAUAACGAAACAAUCUUGGGAAAGUUAAGCUCUGAAAUAGAAGAGUUUCUCAAAUCCAAAAAGUAUGUCAAUGGCAGAAGAAAUCACGUGCCAUUGUUGAAUCAAGAAAACAAAAGUGCUCCACAAAAUGAGAUUGUUGGAGAAUCCUCUAAUGGCGGACUGCAUAAGCAAGAAGAGAUAACAGAAUCAAAUCCUACGAUGAAAAAAUGUCAAUCCGAACGACUGCCUGAAUUGCCUAUUUUUUUCAGUCUAAAUAUGCGAUCCAAAGAUAAGAUUUAUGAGGUCAAAGAAUCAAAGGGUCUUGAGGGAAGAAAGAGUAAGCACAUAAGUACCCGACGUUCUUUGUUCAAUGGUUUGCUCAGAAGCCAUACAUUGUCACGGGGAUGUAAGCCAAAUGAAAAUGAGGAUAAGCAUACAGAACAAAGUUUUGAUCCUUUGAAUGGUCCAGAGGAAAAGGGGACAUCAUACAAAAUAGGUCAGGAGCCACCUGAAAAAAUGCCUCAUGCCUCUAAGGAUCGUUUACUGAAGGAAAAACUGCCUCAUGAAAUGAAGCGCGGAUAGAAAGGAAAGAUAGACCACUUAAACGUUUCUUAAGGUUUUAACAGGAUCCCUAACCUCACAUUAACUCCUAAUUGGUGUGAUAUACCCCUUGCAGUUGAGCGUGCACUGAUUUGUUUAUAGACACCUCCCAAAAGGUGUCUAAUGGAGUUGGGUGUAAUCUUAUGUAUAGGCUUGGAAAAUCCUAAAACUACUGAACUCUAUAGAAAUGUAAUAUUUUUGCCUGAAACCAUUUAGUUGGUGUUUGCCACUUGUAGUUCAUGUAAAGUGCUUUGUUAAAGUCAUUCUGUAAAGAAGUAUCAAAGUAAACAUGAAUACAUUGAUAUAUAUAUAUAUACAUUC